AUGCCACAUUUGUCCCGUCACCGCUUCCAACAACCAGCAAGACUAACCACCCCUAAGGCGCAAGGCGAAGGGGCUAAUGAGGGCAUGAAACAGCGCAUCGCGAUACACGAAGCGCCACCACACCAAAACCAUAUGACCUGCGAACACUCGCAUCUGGCAGAGACAUCAACCAAACUUCGCUCGCACGGACGCAUCCACACAGACGCCAAUCACCUCCUCUCCCCACUUCGCCCCUCCUUCGUUCCACCAACUCCACAAAUUAAAACACGAAUGCACGGAGAGAUGGCACGAGAAGGCAUAGGGACAGAGGCCGUGAUUAAUGCGAAUGUGUCUCAGAUACGGCCGCACUCCUCACUUUACCGACCCAUUCUCGGUGGGAUGGAGGGCUGA